AUGGAUUUCACAAAUGCAAAUCACAACAAUGGAGAGAUAUUCAUGUUUCAAUCUUCAAGUCCACCAAAACCAACUCCUCCACCACCAACUGUAAUUCACAAGGCAAGGUAUAAGCGUAACAGUAUUUCCAAGAGUCCUGAAGAAGCCAGGCAAAAACGUAUCGAGCUUGACGCGCAAGUUCGAAGAAAACAUCGUGAGCAGCUUAUUACUGCUAAGCGGAUCAAACAUAAUUUGGAUGCUUACCAGGACGAUGAUGCUGAAUCCGAAUUUGAUUUGACUUAUCAAGACAUUGAAAAGUUGAAAUCUGGCUUAAAUGUUA